AUGCCACCUAAAAAAAAUCUAGAGAAGAAAGGCCGUCGCCGGCGCUAUGUUGUUCAUCUCAGUGAUUUUUUGCGCAGCGAUGAAGAGCAUAACCAAACCACGAUAACAUCUUCAAAUCAAUCUCAAAUUCAAAGCAAUGAAUCUCCAAAGACCAUUGAUAGCUCCAUUGGUACUAUCCCAUCUAACGGCCAUCUCGAAAGCGAUGUGACUCCAAUAAUGACCCCAACACCUCAAAGCGAGGAUCAGGAAAAGGCAUCUUUUACAGUGCAUCUCCCAGUGCACGUCUGGGGUUCCACUGAAGAAAACACUCCGCCUGAUGGCAACUAUAACGUGGAUACUAAGGAAUAUCCAGAUUUGGGAAAUCGUUUCAAGAGAGCCAAACAAUCAAUGCCAUCAGUGGCUAAUUUAGAUGACGACGAAACCUUUGUCAACUCUAAUCCUGGACCACGUUUUCGAGGUCGUCGGGGUCGCAUAUUCAAUCCACCAGUGCUGGCCAACUUUCUGCCGGAUUCGGUUCUUUCUUCAGGAGACUCCAACAAGCAGCAAACUGUGGACAAGUGUUCGGCUUCAGUGCAUCUUAUUGUCAGUCAGAAGACUGCCAACGAUCAAGAAACAAGUCUAGAAGCUAGUCCAAGGAAGAUCGUUCUGCUGAGAAAGGAUUCCACCGAGCAAGUUGGGCAAAAAGCUGCUGGUCAGUCAUCCAAUGGAGAGGAAACAAGCCCACAGCAGAAGGGGUCAGAAAAUUGUAUUGAACAGCAAAACCAAUCUACUGGCGAUCACAUAUCACAUCAGACAAAAAGUCCUGACAAUUCCUUUCAGCACCAGAAGAAGUGUUCUGGGUAUUCUGUCCAAGAACAACAGCAGCAGCAGAAGUCUUCUGGCAAAUCUGCGCAGCAACAACAGAAGAGUUCUAUCAAUUCUGUAAAGCAGCAGGAACAAAAGUCUCAUGGUGAGCCCGUCCAGCAAAGGCAGGAAUGUCCUGAAAAUUCGUUGCACCCUCAGCAACAGGAGCAAAAGAGUCCUGGAAAAUCUCUUCAACAGCAGUAUAAGUCUUCUGGUAAAUAUCAACAGCAGCAGCAGAAACCUCCGGGCAAUCACGUGCAGCAACAGCAGCAAAGUAUCCCUGUAAAAAAGCAACAUAAACUUUUUGAACAUUCUUCGCAACAACAGCACCAGAAGCCACAACGGCAAAGCCCUAUCAUGCAGCAACAGUCGAAUAAAUCUGGUAAUUCCUCCCAGCAACAACCGAGGAGUCUUGCGAAGGCGACAACUCCGCGCGAAAAUAAUUCCCCAAUACCAGUCCGCAUACUUACCGGCCCGCGCAACCAACGGCAAACUCAGAACACUGAAUCUGUAACUCAGACAUCUAUUAGUUCGGAAAAGAUGGCAAAAUCAACUGAAAAUAGUUCCCCAAUACCAGUCCGCAUACUUACCGGCCCGCGCAGCCACCGGCUAACUCAGAGCAUUGAAAUUGUAAAUUAUAAUAGCGGCGACGACGAGGAUGACGAUGUGGUGCCUCCCACACCAAAUGACCAAAGCCAAAGACUUGUGCCGCGGGGAUUUGCUCAACGCAACAACAAUCAAAGAAUGGUGCGGAACCUACAGUCGGUGAGCCAAGAGUUUACGCAGUCUUCCCCAGAGGGAUCGCCAGAGGAACAGGAGGUUCCGUGCCAGAUGCAGAGAUCUGUGCAUCAGCAAAUGCAACCGUAUCCCGUGAAACGCCUGCAAGGAACCCAGACGAUCCGUAACCUCCGGCAAAUAGCUUUGCGCAGCGUGUUGAACUCAAAUGCUCAAGAAUUCCGACCCAGGGUGCAGCGUGCCACCGGUGGAUCAAAUCAAGACGCUGAAGUACUCUUCGAUCAACCAAGAGACUAUAUUCCACGCAGUAGCAGAAUAACCCGACGGCGUCGUCGUCAACGGUUUUUGCGCACCCUCAAUUCAGAUGAAUUGGCUCCGAUGUCGGUGCAAGACCCUAUUCACGGAAUGCUUUCCUUACCACAGCCACAGCCUAUCAAUUACUAUAGUGCUCCGAGUUUGGCACCAGUAGUGCUACUCCCUGUAGCAGCUGCAUCUCCAUCACCACCGCAACAGCAAGCCAAUCCACCCACCCAAGCCAUGAUACCACCGGCAACAAUUAAAUUGAAUACCAUUGGCACUCCGCCGGCCAUGAUAUACUACCAUCCGCAAACGGGAGGCAUUUUGAGCAGUCCGCAAGCACAUAUUCCUCAUGAAGUCAGCCAGUCGGUUUUUCGGCUUGCCAGCCUCCCGUCCACUGGUGUGGGCACCCCCGAUAUGGAUAUCUUUACCGAUUGGCCACCUCCCAGCCAGCAGCACAGCCCCCAUCGCCUCCCGUCCAGUAUAUCAGGUCCGAGUCAAUUUUCCCAUACGCUCAGUUCGUUGCCGGCAGAGGGGCAGGUCCAGCAGAAGUCGCCGAAAUCAAGUAUCUCCCAGGACCAGGAUUUAUUGUACAGCAAGACGCUUUUGGAUAUGGAUCGAGAAGAUCACCAGGAAACUGUCCAUACCCAAUGGGAGUUGGAGUCCCAAUUACUGGAGUCCAAGGUUUCGCAGGCGCCCCAGGCACAGGUCGACGACGACGCACUCGGCGAUCCAAACGCAAGCGUCGCCAAUGAUCAUCUUUUAUCACCACUUGAACGUCACAAGCUGUUCCGUGCGCCAACCAAACACGAUCAGAACUAUCCCAAGCCGGAUUUAAAUUGUGUGCCGUCCAGCAUCAAGAAGCUACAUCAUUUGAUUUCUUCUCAGUAUUCCGAUUACUCGUUUGUCUAUGCUCUGAGCGCACAGCUCUGCCAAGAGAGUGUGCCUAUGGAUUGCUAUGUGUACCUGAAAAUGGUGCUGCUGGCCAGCAUCGUUUCAAUUGAAACUGACGAGGUGCGCGCACCGAUUUCGUUGUGCAUCAUCGCCACCGACAGCCUGAUGGCCAAUCGCCUGAUGAAUAAAGUGGGUCAACUGGCUCCACGAUUCGUGGGACCGCACGACUAUGGACUACAACCGACCUUCAAUGCCCUACCCACGCGCUUCAAUUGGGUGGUUGCUGGCCCUCUGUUAAUGGCCCAACAGGGCGUUUAUUACGCCGGGGAUUGGAUUCGUCUGUCCAAGGAGCAGAGCUGCCAGCUGGAGAAGUGCAUCGAAAAUGGAGCGGUGCCAAUACCGCAAUUACAAAUCGAUCAGCCCUUAGAAGCAGCCGUCUGGACACACUGGCAGCCAGAGAACUCUAACAAUCAAACGCUGACCCUCGCCAAAUUGUGCCCAAUCUUUGGCAUGCCUAUUUAUAUGGGUGAUCAGGUCAACGAGAGCCUUUGGAACUCCAUAAUCCAGCAGUACAGCAUUGAAGGGUUAAAUUUGGUGAACGAUGACUUAAACAUUCCCGAGGACGAUAUGCGCAUGCUCAUCCAUCUGCUGCACCAGCGAAAGACAACUUACACUGAUAAAGCACAGCACAUGCUGCAAAAGUACUAUGUUAUCUCAAGGAAAGAACGACCGAAUGUCUUCUCCAGCAAGACAUACAUUGUGCUGAAGCAAUUUGCCGAAUCCUUUGCCAAGCUGGCUCUGCGACUGGAGGUCCUUGAAUCGGAUGUUUGUGUCGCGAUCUUCCACUGCGAGCACUUUGUACAGCGUAUUUUUGGGGCCAAGGAUCAGCAAGGACCGCCAGCUGUGAUUACAUUCAAUGUAAUCUCCCGCAUCGAUCCGUAUAUGAACGAGUACGUACGCUGGCUGCUUGAGUAUCUGGAUCGGUACGAGGAUGAGGAACUGGGUAUGCAUGCGGCCAAGCGGCGACGCACCGAUAGCUGGGACAUGCCUUAAACGUUGUUGGGGAAAAAGCUUUAUAUGUAUACAUGCCUCUUAGACCGAAACCAGCUCGCCAUUGAUUUAGUAGUACUCACUGGAACGUUUUGAAUACCCAUUUGUAGUUUUAUAUUGAUGAAUUUACAACAUUUGUGUUUGUAAACAAAAUCGGCCCUGAUGCUUGAACGAUGCUACCUCAAAUGUAUUCACAAUUUACGUAUAACGGACAGCGAAACAUCUGAAACGUUCUCAAGCAAAGUCAAAAUUUGUAAACAUUUUUUUUCGCACACCUUUUCACUUGAUUAAACCGGUAUAUGUUCUGUGUAUAUCGACUGGCAAUCGCA